UACGGCACUGGUGUACAAAGAUGGAAGUAGACGCCAAAGGGACCAAAUUAGAGAUGAUCAACAGCUUGAAGGAAAAGUUGAAAAGCAAAUCAACCUUCAACAAGUUAUUUUCAAGCAUAUGGGGCCAUUCUGGUGGAUGGGUAUCAGCGUCCUGCCCCCAUAGAAUAGUGUACGCAUUCAAAGCUAUUCUGAGGCCUGAAAGUGUCAGAGACCAUGUCGACAUCAUUCUAUCUAUGUCAAGACAACCGCCAGUCAUCAUUAGUGACGUAGCCCCAAUGAUGUCACGCCAUGGUAACAAGCGGCGGAAGAACAUGUUCUCGCCCAACGAAGGACGCUUGGGUGAAGCGACUGCAGACAACAUAAAAAAAGCUAAGGAGGGGGUAUUUUCAAAGAGUAUACCUUGCAUGAAGGAAUGGGUGACAGUAGCACCAGUCUCCGACUAUGAUUUGCCAACCUCAAAUGAAACGUUCUGUUUGCUGGAUAGGUUUCAUGAAGGGAAUACAAAAUCAGAUGAGGAACUCCUAAGGCGUAUAACGUUUGUUCCCGAAAUGAAGGGCUCAAUAAAUUCACAAGUUGAAGAGCAGCUGCACAGGGAAAUGAACCGGAACAACUACUUUCUAGAUGCGAUGUCGCCGGGAAACUACAUGUUUGUCCUGCGAUUGCUUCUACAUUUUCACAAUGAACAUACAAACAGGAAAAUGACAGAAGCAAUCAAAGGAAAACUGUACACAGACAUUUCGUAUGGUGAAAUACGUCAUGACAAGUUUGGCCGCCUGCAUCUUUCAGAUUUGGACAAUGCAGCAGAAAAAGAAGGGAAAACAGACCUUUGGACGAGGACUGAAGACGCACAGAAGCACAAGAAAAUAUCGCUCAAAUAUCACAAAGUUACCUUGAAACAACUGCAAGAAGCACUGCAGAAGGCUAGUCCAUCAAACGUGACAACGUUUUGCCAAGGGACAUCAGAACGACUUCUGGCCUCGGUAACCGAACACGGGCUGCGUUUUAGAGGGAGAACUGCCGGAGAUGGCAACUGUUUUUUCCACGCAGUUGUAGAUCAGCUUCAACGCCUCGAUGCCAGAUCAGUGUUUGACCACAGGGGACUAAGGAUGGCAGUAGUUGGCAGCCUACGGAGGUAUCCUUAUGAAGGAGGCACACACCUAUCCAAUUUUGUCGAUGUGCAACGGCACAAAACCUGGAACCUUUACUUGGAGGCCAUGUCUACACCGGGUGAAUACGUUGAUCACCUUGUAGUACAGAGAACAUCGCAGUUUCUCAAAAAGGACAUUGCCGUUUUCACAAGUUCCGAAGAUGGAACCGCGUCCGACAGCAAUGUUGUAAUGAUAUCUGGUGGACCAGGAGCGGCUAUGAUGUUAGGUCACUAUCAUGAAGCACAUUAUCAAAGUCUGGAUUUCCAACGUGCUGGACAAGUGGAAUGUUCCACCGCGCAAGCAGAUUCAUCACCAUUGCCGGCGGAGGAUGUGUUUCAAGAUAUCUGUAAUGAUGACAGAAGAUUGGACGAAAUAGUAGUGACGAUAGGUCCCUACCGAAUAUCAAAAUUGGAUAUUCUGACAAUAGCACCAAUACUUCCGAAAGAAACAGAAGACCAGAUGAGAGUGAAAAUUGACAAAGAGACCAGAUGGGCUGUGGGCUGGCUAUAUGAUCAGAUAAUAAACGUCUUCUUGUAUGUGCUGUGUCAAAGGUGGGGGAGAAACGCAGCUUUAUCAAGCCAAGUUAUAGAGGGAUGGCAACAUUUCAAGUCCAAAAGGAGACGCCGGGCGCCACUUGUUCAAAAGGUCAGAAUUGCUUUUUAGAAAUAUCUGCAGUUACAAUUUUAAACUGAAGACAAAAUAUGCCAAGGGAAUAUAUAGUUUUUUUAUUCGCCCGUAAAGAGAUCACCCGUUUAAUAAACAUACAGCUGUAUAACACGUUGUAUUAUACCAAAGCGCGUGCUUAUAUACUGCGGGAACAAGUUUCAGUAACAAAUAUUGAAAACUCCCAACAUCCUUGGGCUUAUUCAACGACAUUGCGUGUAGUGACGAUAGAUCACUGAGAGGGUAUGCACACGCAAUGACCCUCUCAACCCUGAUGCUAUGCUGACGUCACAUGACAUUGUUUCGUGGUUGGAUCUUGUAACAAUAUUCUACAUAUUACGUCAGAGGGUAUUGUGACGUGUUGUAAUCUUUUUGAUGCAGCAUCCUGAGAAGCCAGAGGUCUUCCAUUAAGACCGAGGGUUUCUGCAAAUGAUAAUGCCCUGAAAAUAGCGUUACCGUUAUAAUAGCUAAAAAGGAUGGAAUUUGUUAUCAAAUAAAAAGAAUCAACGAUAUCGGUUUUGAAACAUUUACUGCAAUCAACACGAAUGUCACUGACCCGCUUUUACAAAUAUGGAAACGCCAUAGAACAAACCAGAUGACGUCACUAUUGAACAUGACGUCACCUAUCCCUAUCCUAACAAAUAGUCAAAACCCAAGUAUGACAUCAUCUGGUUUGUUCUAUGACAUUUCCAUAUUUGUAAAAGUGGGUCAGUAACAUAUUUAGAAAAGUUAUAAACGGCAAGUAAUAAAUAAAUUACUAAGCUCGCUCCUGUUUAAUAACAUUUUUAUGAAACUCGUCAAUAGUUUCUUAUAUCGGACUCCCUUUCGAUCGUGAGAUACCAGAACUAUUCACUCGUUUCAUACAAUAAGUAUUACAAAGGAGCUCGUUUAGUAUUCUCUAUUUGUCAUAAAGUGGGAAUGGGUAAAGAGAAGAAUAUUUCGAAGAUGACGUUGAGGAGAAGAUAUCAUUCGCUGUCGGUUGGUGAAUAAGAAUCGCCUAGCCUUGCAAGGCUUGUCAUUAUUGAGAAAGGAAAAUUAAAUCUUCAAGAAAAAGCGUUUUCUGAAAUUGACAGUAUCAUAAGUGAGAUAAGCUGCACUGGAAGAGUUUGUGAACCGCCGAAAGACGCCGACAUAUUGAGGAAAUGAAUUGAAUGAAUUGAAUAAAGUUGAUGAAGACAAACAUUCUCUUAAUUUAGCAACAGGUAACUGGAUACAUAUCAAGUCUAAUCGUUGCACAUACAGUGUAUAUUGCACCUUACGGUUUAUUAAGCAGCAGCAGCUGUGACAAGUUUAUAACAAUGUCAUUCAUAGAAUAGAACUUACACAAAAGGCAUCCGGUGAGUUAUCACUGUUGGGGACAAGAGAUCUACUCACGCAUCAUUGAUCUGAGUACUCAAGCAGUCCAGACAGACGCAACCCAUGCACUGUGUCAAAGGCCGACAAACUUAUUCUCAGAUCUGACGUUUACAGAACACCCCUAAUACAUGAAUCACUUCACUUAAAGUCAAAGGCUCUUCACUUAGUUUACUCUUUUCCAUAUUUUCAAUUUUGUAGAUAUAUGUUUGUACAACACAACCAUUAGCCAUCAAAUGUAUAUAAAGUUCAGUUCAGUGUCUUGCGUAUGUGUAAUGGACAGUCGCUAGGGCAAGUGAAUGAGUGAACUGUUCAUUUGAAUAAUUGUGUCAUUUGUACUACUUGCUCUGUGUUUAUAUCUAAUACUCUCUUAAUUAUGUAAUCACGACCCCAAGAACGCGAGGGUUAGUACAUGUACUGGUCUUCAGCAACCCAUGCUUGUAGUAAAAGACGACUAACGGGAUGCAUAUCAUCGUAUACCAUUUGCGUGAUCGAUGCUCACGAUGUCAAUCACUUGAUUGUCUGGUGUAGACUCGAUUAUUUACAGACCCGUGGUCAUUAGCUGGAAUAUUGCUGAGUGCGGCGUUGAAUAACAAAUAUAAAUGUAUUAAUGGCCUUAAAUGUUGAUGUGACCCUAUGGGGAGUCCUAAAGAAGUAGGCGUUGCCUCAAGUAACCUGUGCUUGUCGUAAGCGGCGACUUACGUGGACUGGGUGGUCGGACUCGGUGACUCGGUUGAUUGAGUGUCACAGUAUCCCGAGUGUGUUAAUAUUUGCUGGUGAAGCUAUUUGAAGCAGGUAUACCUAACACACCUUUUUUAUUACAAUGGAUAUAUUAUAUGUGUUUAUUAUUCUGUUAUGAAUAAAUUUCUUUGUUAUCAUGUACCCCAAAGUUUGAGUUCUUUGUGUGCACUUAAUGCAUGUGUAUGGUUUUAUACGCUUCAACGGCUACAUCACGGCGUCGGGGGGCUGCAGGAAUGGGCUUCAAACGAAACAUUACCCCGAUGUAAGGAAUCGAACUCGACAGUUUCGGCGUUGAUUGAGACACUGAGCUACCCUAUCGCUAAUAUGGACAUAUUUUCUUCACACCUAUUACAUUUACAAAUAUUACCGUGCAAAGUGGAAUCUGUCGGGACAGGACUUUAACUAAUCAGCAUUUGUAAUACAAGGCGAUAUCAAUGGUGCCGAAUAUACUAUGAUUCAUAAUAAUACUUCUAUAAUAUUCCUAACACAGGCCUCUGUAACAAUCAGACUUACUUUCGGCCCCACAAUAAGUAAAACGUUCAUUUCCCCUGGAUGUCAAAACAUUGACGCAAUGAAGUCCGAAGCAGAUAUUCCACUGUACUACACAAUACACAUUGAACGUCAAAAGCCCAUUGGAUGAACGUGCAAUUGCAAUGCUGAUGCGAUAGGGUAAUUCUCUCAAAUGUUGGCGGCAAAGGGAAUUCCAAAGCUUUGUACACAUAGAUUGCGGUGUUCUCAGCAUUCCAGAGAAUCCUGCGCUCGUCCUUACGGUAGACUUCACCAAAUGCAUGGUGAUAAAUGAUGAUUUGUUUGUUGUUUAACGCCGCACUCAGCAGUAUUCUAGCUAUAUGACGGCGUCUGUAAAUAAUCGAACCUGCACCAGACAAUC